AUGAGUUCAAAAGACCAGCGUAAACGACCAAACGUGGAUUGUGAUCAAGCAAAGAAACGAGUUUGGCUUGUAAAGGUUCCGCGUUACUUAUCCGAAAUUUGGGAGGCAAAUGCUGGCACAGAAGUAGGAAAAUUGAUUACAGCUGGUAACAAUGAGGUGAAACUCAAAUCGAGACCCGAUUUGAUGGUGCCCAGCGAGCUUACGCAGGCUCCAACGACUAGUGUUGCUUCGAAAAAGAUUGCACCUGGCCCUUCUGUGCCUAGCGAACACACGUUUUUGAUGAAGACGGAUCCCCAGCAGACAUUGGCAGUCUUGGCUGAAGAUAAAGCUGGUCUUGAAGAAGAAUCGAAUAUCAGAACGGGCAAACUGUCGGUCGAAGGGUAUGUUGUUCAACGAGCUGAAUGUCGGCCACCAAAUGAUAGCUCGUAUUUGCGACUUAAAAUUGGACAAAUUGAGAAGUCGGGACAGCCGAAACGUCAAGUGAUUCAAAUUCAAAAGGCUGCUGUCAAGUUUAAACCCGUGGCCGCACAUCAUGAAGACUUGCAGCGUCAAAAGGCUAAAAAGGAAGGAAUAAAGACUGUUCGUGCCGAUCGCGAUGUUCUUCGUCAAACGAUCUUCCAUGCAUUCGAGAAGCAUCAAUAUUAUCGCCUACAAGACCUACAACAGCUCACAAAUCAACCGGCUAACUAUGUUAAAGAGAUUUUGCAGGAGAUUGCCAUUUACAAUCAAACCCCGCCACACAAAAGUAUGUGGGAGCUGAAGCCAGAGUAUCGAAACUACGAUGUGCAAAAGGAGAUU